AUGGGAACAAGGCCCGCCCAGGCAGCCGCCGUCGCCGCACCGCCCCCUCGCUCGCCCCCUGCGCGCGGAGUCACCCAGCCACACUCCCGGCACCCCAAGUCCGUCCUCCGGAGCUGCUGCUGCUACUUUGGCUGCUCUCGCCGCCGCGUGGGUGGCCCGCUGCUGACUGGGCUCGCCUGGAGACAGAGAAGCACUUUUUGGCCCUCCCCGAUCCGCUCUCACACCCCAACUUUGCUGUCAACGCGCCUGCCCUCGAAGCAGCGCUCGGGCGCACAUUGCUCCCGUCUUCAUCAGGAAGAUUUUCCACCUCGCAUUGUUGAGCACCCUUCAGACCUGAUUGUCUCAAAAGGAGAACCUGCAACUUUGAACUGCAAAGCUGAGGCCGCCCCACACCCACUGUUGAAUGGAGGUGAUGCGAUUCCCAGCGGGAGACUGAAUGAAGAAUUACGAAGCAGACUUGAGGUGCGGUUCCUGGAGCAGCAGAACCAGGUGCUGGAGACCAAGUGGGAGCUGCUGCAGCAGCUGGACCUGAACAACUGCAAGAAUGCCGAGAAUGAAUUUGUGGUGCUUAAGAAAGACGUGGAUGUGGCAUACAUGAGCAAAGUGGAGCUAUAGGCCAAGGUGGAUGCUCUGGAAGGAGAAAUCAAGUUUUUCAAGUGCCUGUACAAGGGGGAGAUCGCUCAGAUCCAGUCCCACAUCAGUGACACAUCCAUCAUCCUGUCCAUGGACAACAACUGGAACCUGGACCUGGACAGCAUCAUUGCUGAGGUCCGUGCCCAGUACAAGGAGGUCGCCCGAAAGAGCAAGGCCGUGGCCGAGACCCUGUACCAGACCAAGUUUCAGGAGCUGCUGCUGACGGCUAACAGGCACGGGGAUGACCUGAAACACACCAAAAAUGAGAUCUCAGAGCUGACCCGUCUAAUCCAGAGGUUGCACGCGGAGAUUGAGAGUGUGAAGAAGCAGCGCGCCAACCUGGAGACGGCCAUCGCCGACACCGAGCAGCAGGGGGACUGCGUCUUCAAAGAUGCUAGAGCCAAGCUGGAUGAGCUGGAGGGCGCCCUGCAGCAGGCCAAGGAGGAGCUGGCAUGGAUGCUGCGCGACUACCAGGAGCUUUUGAGCAUGAAGCUGGUCCUGGACAUCGAGAUCGCCACCUACCGCAAGCUGCUGGAGGGCGAGGAGUGCAGGAUGUCUGGAGAAUACACCAACUCUGUGUGCAUUUCGGUCCUCAACAGCUCCAUGGCUGGGGCAGCAGGCACAGGGGCUGGCUUUGGAUUCAGCAAUGCUGGCACCUACGGCUACUGGCCCAGCUCUGUCAGCGGAGGCUACAGCAUGAUGCCUAGGGGCUGUGUUACUGGCAGUGGGAACUGCAGCCCCCGUGGGGAAGCCAGGACCAGGUUGGGGAGUGCAAGUGAAUUCAAGGACUCCCAGGGAAAGACCUUAGCUCUCAGCUCACCCACCAAGUAAACCAUGAGAUAAAAGUGAAAGCCCAUUUCCCAGUAGUCUGCCUUACUCCGGCAGACUACUCCAGACUCCUUCUCUAGGAAAUUCCUCUGUCUCAUUUGUCCUCAUCUCCUUCUUCCUUUGCUUCGCCAUGGACCUCUCUCGCUUCUCCUUGACCUCUCUGCCUCAGUCUUUGUUAAUGCUGAAUCAGGAUUCGAGAGCUGGAGCCUAUCCUUCUGCCUCCAUCCAAAGAGACCUCUUCACUCAGCCUCCCCUUCUGGAUGAAGACUUGGCCUUUUCUCUGCCUGCAUGUCCCCAUG